UAAGUAAUACCUCUAUAAAGCGGGUGUUUUGAAAAAAAGUCAACAAACUCGAGCAAAUGAUUGACACUAAGGAAAUUUGACCGAUGAGCUAGGAUAUGUAAUCGUUUUAUCAAUGGAGCAACUCUUCCCUGAGAAUGAAUGUUGAAAUAAUUGAGUUUACAGUUCCAACAUGCAACAGAAAGAACCUGUUUGUGACCAACAUUUCACCACAAGAUGAACUUCAUGUUUAUGACCUGCUUUACGCUACAUUCUCCAAGUAUGGCCUGUUGUAUGAAGUCCAGAUAUUCCCCACUGCUGGAAGUUGUGGCAGACGUCAAGUUUCUGAAUCCCCUGGGUUUUAUGCCUUUGUUAAGUUCUACUCCUACAGGUCAGCCGCGAGGGCUAAGGCUGAGUUGAACAACAGGCUGUCUGUUGGAAGCAGCAUCUGCAAGGUAGCAUUUGCAAAGAGAAGAAAGGGAGAUAACCAGAUCACUACUCUCUCACUGGUCAAGUGUCAGGAACUAGCCAGCUACUAUCUGGGAUUCAAUGGCUGGUCCAGCAAUAUUCAAAUAUUGGAGGAAGACAAGGAGUGUGUACAACCUGAUGGUGACCUCAAGAAGAUCAAAUACUUCUGUAGUGUGAGACUAGAUCUCACUAAUCAGGAUCUCUCUUGUGAUGGCAUUGGUGCCUGGGAGGAAACUUGUUCCAAAAAUGAUGUGGCAGGUCGAGGAGGGUUACUGGCCAAAGUCCAGAAGACGGCACACAAACGGGCAAUGGAAAAUGCAUUCUCCAAACUUGUGAUCAUCUCCCUGUCUAACGGGAAGGUAUCAGUGGAGGUCAACACUACACGCACUGACCAGAUCCUUCGGGAAAACACAGUAGACGAGGCACAGUUACUCAAGGUGAAUGAGCUGGACGAGGAGCCCGAAGAAGAGGAGGAGGCUGAUAUAGAUGACAUCAACCUGCAGAUGCUCCAGGAGCUGGAGGACCCAGACUGAGACAGAAUCAAGUCAACUGUGUCAUCAAAUGCAUUUUCUUACAUUCAUUACCAUCAUCUUCAUGUACGAGAUUUGUCGUGUGUGUUGAGUGCAAACUUGUGUUUGACCAUUUGCCGGAAGCUGUUAAUCCAAGUCUGUGGCCCUCAUGAUAUAUAUCAGGUUGACGUCCGGCCCCAUCUUUGGGUUUUCGUAAAAUGACAGGCUGUGAUAUAACAUAAUUGUUUAUAGGGGGAGAUACACCACUUGCUUACCCAGCCAACAAAACGCAUGGGUCGUCCCAGGGAUAUGUGUCAUAUGAUCCUGGAGAAACCAACAAUACAUAUCUUGUUUCUCAUCA